CACAUUGAUCACUACAUCCAAUUCCAAAUGGUUCUCUCCUCCAAUUUUCUUCUUUUAUGUUCUCUUCUCUUCUUUAUAUCUUCCACCAUAGCCCAAACUUCUUUUCGUCCCAAAGCCCUUGUUCUUCCGGUCUCUAAAGAUACCGCCACUCUUCAAUAUGUUACCCACAUCAACCAACGAACCCCUUUGGUCCCCGUAAAAUUACUUGUUGAUCUCGGUGGUAAUUUUCUUUGGGUUGAUUGCGAAAAAGAUUUUGUGUCAUCUUCAUAUAAACCCGCCCGUUGUGGUUCAGCUCAGUGCUCUCUCGCUAGCUCUAAAGCUUGCGGAGGUAACAUAUGUGGUCUUGGCCCCGAUAACCCUGUCACAUAUGUGGGCACACAUGGUGAUUUAGGCCAAGAUAUCUUGUCUCUUCAAUCCACAAAUGGGUUUAAUCCUGGUAGGGUCGUUUCUGCGCCUAGUCUUAUCUUCGUUUGUGGUGCAACUUUUCUCCUAGAAGGCCUUGCUAAUGGUGUAACUGGUGUAGCCGUCCUUGGAAGUAGUAAAAUUGGACUUCCUUCACAAUUCGCUGCUACUUUCAGCUUCGAUAGAAAAUUCGCCGUUUGUUUGAGCUCCUCUUCAACUUCUAAUGGUGUCAUCUUUUUCGGUGAUGGACCUUAUGUUCUUCUUCCAAACGUUGAUGUAUCUAAGUCUCUUACCUACACCCCACUUUUCAUCAACCCUGUCAGUACUGCCUCCGGUUACUUUCUAGGCGAUCCUUCAGUGGAAUACUUCAUCGGUGUAACCACAAUUAAAGUUAACGGAAAAGCUGUUCCGUUGAAUUCCACAUUGCUAACCAUUGACAGUGUAGGGUUUGGUGGAACAAAGAUAAGCACCGUUAAUCCAUACACAGUCAUGGAAACUUCAAUCUACAAUGCUUUCAUUUCAGCUUUUGUCAAAGAGAUGGGAAACUUCACCAGAGUGACGCCGGUUGCACCUUUUGGGGCUUGUUUUAGCUCAAAAGGCAUUGGCAGUACACGUGUUGGACCGGCUGUACCUCAAAUCGAUCUUGUUUUGCAAAGUAAAAGCGUGAUUUGGAGUAUUUAUGGAGCAAAUUCUAUGGUGCAGGUGAGCAAAGACGUGGUGUGCCUAGGGUUUGUGGAUGGAGGGGUGAACCCUAGAACUUCCAUUGUUAUUGGAGGGCAUCAGCUGGAAGACAAUCUUCUACAGUUUGAUAUAGCAACUUCAAGACUUGGGUUCAGUUCUUCGUUGCUGUUCCGGCAGACCACUUGUUCCAACUUCAACUUUACAUCCAAUUAAUGCAUACGGGACUUUAUAUUUAUUGUACCUUUUAAUCUGUCUGUCAGAUUUUUUCUAUGAAUAAAUGGUCAUGGACCAAUGGGCAUUUUUAAUUACUAA